AUCAAGGCACCACCAGAGCAGGCUCCACCAUCCACAGACUGUGAGGUACAAGUGCCACAAGGAGACUAUAUUCCGCUAAAAUCAUGGAUGGGACAAAGCCGGCCAUGGAGUCCAACGCGGAGGAGACUCAGGACGAGGGGCAGGAGAGCAAAGGAUGCUUUGAGUGCUGCAUCAAGUGUCUGGGCGGGGUGCCCUACGCCUCCCUGGUGGCCACCAUUCUCUGCUUCUCAGGUGUGGCUCUGUUCUGCGGCUGCGGCCACGUGGCACUGACCGGCACCCUGACCAUGCUGGAGAACCACUUCUCUCGGAUCACCUCGGACCACGCCACCCUCACAAUGGUGAUCCAGAUCUUUCAGUACAUCAUCUACGGAAUUGCCUCCUUCUUCUUCGUUUAUGCCAUCAUCCUGCUUGCUGAGGGCUUUUACACCACCAGCGCCAUCAAGAAGGAGCUGCAGAGCGACUUCAAGACAACCGUUUGUGGACGCUGCAUCACUGCCUUUUUCAUGUUCCUGACCUACAUCCUCUUUCUGGCCUUCCUCGCCAUCUUCGGCUUCACGGCGAUACCCGUUUUCCUCUUCUUUAACAUGUGGAAUACCUGCGCCGCCAUGAGGUCUCCUGACUCUAACAUCACUGCCCCGGACUCCAUCUGUGUGGACGUAAGGCAGUAUGGUAUUAUUCCCUGGAACGCCACACCGGGAAAAGCUUGUGGAGCCACACUGGGGGACAUCUGCAACACCAGCGAGUUCUACCUCUCCUAUCACCUCUACAUCGUUGCGUUUGCCGGCGCCGGUGCCACCGUCAUCGCAUUGAUCCACUACCUGAUGAUUAUUGCGGCUAACUGGGCCUACCUGAAAGGUGCUGUCUCCACGCACGAGUACCAGGAUAUCAAGACCAAGGAUGAUCAGGAUCUGGAGGCUGAGGCGCGCUCCAAGGAGGGCCAGAACUCCUCCUCCUACUCAUAAGGACAAGGGAUCCUCUACUGCCACCACCCAUCUCCUCUCCACACCUCUAAUCCCCCCGCCCCCGCAACACCCAGCGCCCACCCCUCCCUCAGUUAAAACAAAACCACCUCGGUCAUGUUUGAUAGUCCCCCAAACCACCUGAUCCUCCAGUCCCCUCCCCUCCACGCUGUUCAUUCAGAGAGUCGUGAGCUCACAGCGGAGGGGAGGAGAAUAGAGGAUCAGGUGAAGCGGCAGGCCCAGACGGAGGCAGAUGCUUCAGAACGGGAGAGCUCGCCCGGGCCGCCCGGUUGGAGCUCAGGUACGGUACAUCAGUUCAGAAGCGUCUCCUCCCACGUUGCUUUUGGGCAGCGGCUCGUGAACGAGGCCCGGCUGUGAUGGCCUCGCGCCCUGAGCCAGCACAGCCUCUCGACACACAGCUCCUAACAGCCUAAAAAAAAGAAAAAAAAACAUUGUUCGCUGUCUGCUUCAGCCAAAGGGAAGCCAGGCAGCGACCAACUUCCUCCGUUUUUUUGGUGUUUUAUAUGCAUAUAUAUAUGAAUAUGAAUAUAUUGUGCGAAUGUGUAUGAAUGUUGUUGUUUUUUUUAAUACUCUCGGAAAAGUAUGCCUGGUACUAUUAUGAUCUUUCUUCUUCUUCUUUAUGUUUUUGCGCUCAUGGGUUUUUCUCCUUUACUUUCUUCUCCAUCUUAAGACUUUUUAUUGCUAAUGCUCGAUACAUUGUUGCACUAUUUCAAAAUAAAAAUAAUAAGGGAGACUGAAAAUCUUAAAAAAACAAAGCACCCCUGCCCCUCGCUCUCAUUAUAAUACUUAGACUCGAAUCAUGUUGUAUCUCAAGGAUUUUUUUUUUGCAUUUACAUGAGCAGAGUUUAGUUUUCUGACAGGUUUUUAACAUUAAUUUAACACCAGAGGUGUAGCAAACCUUUAAAAAAGAAAUAGUUUUGAUAAAUAUCCUUGUAAGUACUUUUGUCGAGGGAUAGAUGUGAAGAUUGAUGCCACUGUCAUGUCUGUACAUCAAACAUAAAGCCACAAUCAGCUGGAGCUGCUUAUGUUAGCUUAAGAGCUAGCAGGUAAGAAAAAAAGCCAGCUUAGUCACAUCCCCCUUAAAGAUCACAGUGUAAUAAGUUACUCUCCUUUUGUUGUAUACUAAAUAAUAAAAAGUGGUAUAGUGUGUAGUAAUAGCAGAGUUAUAACCAUAAACAGGACAACUAUAGAAAGCUAUAGCCAGAAACAGGUUAGCUUAAGUGCUGUAAAGGAGGAAAUGCUAGCUUAUUUUUGAUAGAAGUCACAACCCCCUUUAAGCUGACUAAAUAAUGAGUAAAAUCAUUUUUGUUUCAUCGUUAAUUUAUAAAAAUGGGGUAAAGUGUGGGUUAAUGGCAAAGUUGGAGCUAUUUCGAGGCUAGCUAGAGAAAGCUACAACUACUGAGAGCUAUAAGGGAGGAUAAAGCUAGCUUAGCUUUGUCUAGAAGUCCCAGCCUUCUUAAAGCUUACUAAAUAAUGAUUAACAUGUUUCAAAGUUAAUUUCAAAUAAGCGUUAAGAGUUGAUUUACAGCAAAGUUAGAACCAGAACCAAGCUAGCUUACAUUAGCUUAAGAGCUAGAAAAGAGGAAAAAGCUAGCUUAGCUUUCGCUUGAAGUAACAGCCUUUAGUAAAGUUCCCCAAAUAUUACGUGACAUUCCUUUGAUGUAAGCGUUAAAUCACAAAUCAGUUAAAUUGUAAAUUAAUGGCAGAAUCAGAACCAUAACGAGGCUAGCUAUAGAAAAGCUACAACCAGAAACAGCUUAAGUGCUGGAAGAGAGGAAAAGCUAGCUCAAAGUCACAGCCCCUUAAAGCUCCUUAAGUAACGAGUAACAUUUCUUUUCGUUGAAUAGUUGAAUUCAAGUAAGUGUUAAAGAGUGGAUUUACAGAAAAGUUAGAACCAGUAUCUUGCUAACUAAGGUUAGCGGAAGUGCUAUAAGGGAGAAAAAAGCUAGUUUAGCUUUCACUUGAAGUCACAGCCCCCCUUUAAGCUCCCUAAAUCAUGAGUUACAGACCUUUUGUUUAAAAUUUUUAGAGUUGAACAACUAAAAUGGUGAUUUACAGCAAAGUUUGAGGCCAAACUUUUAAUUAGCUUGUGCAGGGAUGCCGCUAACCUGAAGUCUCUGCUAACCAUAACCUUUGACAAGUUAUUUUUUUUCUACUUUCUGUUCUUUGUAGAAAAAAAAUACACAUUAUGAUUUAAGUCAUACUAAACAAGAAGGCUUUUUUGUUUCUUUCUUACAGCAAACUAUGCUCUUUUUUCCCCGUCUCCAGUGUUUAAGCUAGCCUCUGCUAGCUCAUUUAAGAAAAAAGUUUGUAUAUAUAUAUAAAUCCAGAAAAUAUGGCCCCCUUAGCUUACUGCAAUUAUAAGAUAUUAUCUUUUAAUAUUAGUAAAGCAGCCUUGUUUUUCCCAAUUAAUCAGAUAGCCCCCCCUUGCUUCCUUACAACAAAAGUGGUGUCAAUAUUCUUAUCUAACUCUGCAAAACAAAGAAAAAAAGAGGCAUUUUCAGCUUUUUAAACUACUUUCCUGUGAUCUCCUUAAAGUCUUUGCUACACUUAUCACCAGCGGCCGCGGAAAUCAAAAAUCUGUCUGGGUUUUUUACCACAAAAUCAACACACACCUCAGGAAUCAAACCAAAUCUGAUUUAAGCCAGUUGUGUUUUUUCCUUAAAGCUUCACCAUCAAACCGCUGACCCUUAUCAGACUUAUCCUGUUUGAAUACUACAGGCAAAAUAACAAUCAUUCCUAAAACGGAUCCUUUUACUAAUAAAAAUCACCUGUAAAUAGCUGAAUUACCCUUAAAAAAAAUCUCAAUUUCACCUCUCCCGAAACGAGGAGAACACAAUCAGUGUUUUGCCAUGCUCUUCUAUUCUUUUUUUUCCACAGAUAUAUGUAAAUGUACCCUUUGAGAUAUGUGUUUAGCACUCAAAAUACUAGUUCUGCAUUUGAUAUAAUAAUUGUAAUGUAACAUCUUAAAUGAUAUGUCGUGAGAGGGAUGCAGUGCAGUCAUGAUAUGAUGGGUUGAGGUGCUUGUGACGUAUACAUUUUAAAAUGUGAACAAAAAAAUUAAUUUUAAUGUUUUAUCAGUUUUAGGCAGCUGAGCUCUUCUUGUGAUUCAGUAAUUAUGAUUUAUGGAUCUCGUUUGUGUUUUUUAUUUCCAGCCAAAUAAGUGACUCAUCAACACGUGAGUUGAGAAACGUGUCACUUUUUCUCUGUUUUUUUUUCUUUUUCUUUUUUAAUUUUAUUUUGACGUCAUGCCUCUCAUAUGAGCCACAGAGACUGUUUUGGAUGUUUACACUCUGAAUAAAAACAAGUCAGGAAUUUUCAUACAUUAAUUUUAUAAUCCGAUAUUGUUUAAUGAUCAUGAACUAUAUUCUGUAUGGAUCAUCACUGGUUAGUUUACCCUAAAAAAAGACACUGAAGAAGACAAAUUUUUGAACUUUAAUGAGAUGAAGCAUGUCAGUAUCGUCCAUGUGUGCAGCUGUCUAUUCUGUAUAAAAAAGGACUAUAUUGCCAUGUGUGUUAUGUUUGAUAAAUAUACGUGCUUUGCCGCCAGGUUGAUGUAAAGGCAAACUUCAAUUUCCUAUAAGACGAUGCGUGUCAGGGUGUUGUUGUUUCCUCGUUAUUUGCAUGAAGGAGACAUGACUGUGUCUUUGCAGUUUUUCAGGUGAUGUGUAGUCAAUUGUACUGACAACUAUGGUAGGCGGUGUUUGACCCCUUCCUCCACAAUCCCCCUUCCCCAACCCAACCCUUUCCACCCACUCUUUUCUAAAGAAAACUCCAUUGUACUUUGAUGGCAUUGUAGUCCCUGUAGGUGUUUCAUUAUGGUUUUAUUUUUUAAGUUGGAAAUAGUUCUAUGACUCCUAUAUAGUGAUGAUUUUUGUAACCUUCUCUAGUAAA